GUGGAUUUGGCGACGUAUCGCAACCUCAAAGACCACAAUUGCAGCAAUACUCGACUUUCUUUUGAUUCUCAAUUCAUGACGCUGGGGAGCAUACCUUGCACAUCAUGAGUUAUAGUAAAAAAGAUGAAGAUGGCGAAAUGGCCAUCAUGCGUGUGGAUAGAACCUCUGUUUUCCAAGAAGCUCGAUUGUUUAACUCUUCCCCUAUACAACCUCGAAGAUGUCGUGUUCUCCUUACGAAGAUUGCGCUUUUAUUAUACACCGGCGAGAAAUUCCCUACCAACGAAGCCACUACCCUUUUCUUUGGUAUCUCGAAGCUGUUCCAAAAUAAAGAUGCCAGCCUGCGGCAGAUGGUCCACCUUAUCAUUAAGGAAUUGGCGCAUUCCGCAGAGGAUAUUAUUAUGGUCACAAGUACAAUCAUGAAGGAUACUGGUGGAGGAACAGAUGCGAUCUACAGGCCAAAUGCCAUUCGGGCGUUGUGUCGUAUCAUUGAUGCCUCCACAGUCCAGAGUAUUGAACGAGUAAUGAAGACCGCAAUUGUCGACAAGAACCCUUCCGUAUCCUCUGCUGCCUUGAUAUCUUCCUACCACCUCUUACCUAUAGCUCGCGAUGUUGUUCGAAGAUGGCAAAGCGAAACACAAGAAGCUGCAACAGCUACGAAAUCGUCGGGUGGCUUCUCCCUUGGUUUCUCGACUUCCAGCAGCCAAAUGCCAGUUAACAACUCAACAAUGGCACAAUACCAUGCGAUUGGUCUUUUAUAUCAAAUGAGGAUGCACGACAGAAUGGCAUUAGUUAAGAUGGUUCAGCAAUUUGGGGCCGCAGGUGCUGUUAAGAGUCCCGCUGCAACUGUCAUGCUCGUCCGCCUGGCAGCACAACUGGCAGAAGAAGAUCAACAACUCCGAAAACCAAUGAUGCAACUCUUGGAUGGCUGGCUCCGACACAAGAGUGAAAUGGUGAACUUUGAGGCUGCCAAAGCCAUUUGCGACAUGCGAGACGUCACAGAUGCUGAAGUUACUCAAGCCAUUCAUGUCUUGCAGCUUUUCCUUACCUCGCCAAGAGCUGUCACCAAAUUUGCUGCGAUUCGCAUACUUCACAACUUCGCCUCCUUCAAGCCCCAAGCUGUUCAUCCUUGCAACCCAGAUAUCGAACUUCUCAUCUCGAACUCCAAUAGAUCAAUUGCUACCUUUGCCAUCACCACCCUUUUGAAGACCGGCAACGAAGCCAGUGUUGAUCGAUUGAUGAAGCAAAUUUCAGGAUUCAUGGCUGAUAUUACAGACGAGUUCAAGAUCACCAUUGUAGAAGCCAUCCGUACCCUCUGUCUGAAGUUCCCCAACAAGCAAGCCGGCAUGCUAGCAUUCCUCAGUGGUAUACUUCGCGAUGAAGGAGGAUAUGAGUUUAAGCGCGCUGUAGUGGAGAGCAUGUUUGACUUGAUCAAGUUCGUUCCAGAUUCAAAGGAAGAUGCGUUGGCACAUCUCUGUGAGUUCAUUGAGGAUUGUGAGUUCACAAAAUUGGCUGUGCGCAUCCUUCAUCUUCUCGGAUUGGAAGGCCCAAAAACAUCCCAACCCACCAAGUACAUCAGAUACAUCUACAAUCGAGUGGUUCUUGAGAAUGCUAUUGUACGAGCUGCCGCAGUCACAGCAUUGGCAAAAUUUGGUGUUGCACAGAAAGAUCCAGAGGUCAAGCGCAGUGUUACCGUUCUCCUUACCAGAUGUUUGGAUGAUGUUGAUGAUGAAGUUCGUGACCGUGCUGCAUUGAACUUGAGAUUGAUGUCAGAGUCUGAUGAUACCGCGGAUCGUUUCAUCAAGAAUGAAAACACUUUCGCUUUGCCAUACCUCGAGCAUCAACUUGUUAUGUACGUCACAGCUGAUGACAAAUCAACUUUCGAUGAUCCUUUCGAUAUUGCUUCGGUUCCGGUUGUUACCAAGGAGCAAGCAGACGCAGAGGAGCGAACCAAGAAACUCACAACAGUCACACCAACAAUCAAGGCUCCAAAAUCUGGUCCCACCAAGACUUCACAAUCUGGCGCCGAAGCUGUUGCUUCCGCUUCUGCAACUGCUCAGAAGUAUGCCCAGGAGUUACUCAAGAUUCCAGAAAUUACGCCAUAUGGUGCUGUAUUGAAAUCAUCUCCUGUUGUUGAAUUAACAGAAUCGGAGACUGAAUACGUUGUCACCGUCGUCAAGCAUAUCUUCAAGGAACAUAUUGUUCUUCAAUAUGAGGUUAAGAAUACCCUACCAGAUACUGUUCUUGAAGAAGUGUCCGUGGUUGCGAGCCCAUCUGAUGAGGAAGAGCUCGAGGAAGAUUUCAUCAUUCCUGCUACCAAGCUCGUCACUGAUGAGCCAGGUACUAUUUAUGUAUCUUUCAAGAAAAUCAGUGGUGAAGCUGCUUUCCCUUCAAGUACCUUUACCAAUAUCCUCAAGUUUACCACUAAAGAAAUUGAUCCAACAACUGGUGAGCCUGAAGACACUGGUUAUGAUGAUGAGUAUCAAGUCGAGGAUCUCGAACUUACCGGCAGCGACUAUGUUGUCCCUGCUUUUGCUGGUAACUUCAAUCACAUUUGGGAGCAAGUUGGUGCCUCCGGCGAGGAAGCCGAAGAGACACUCCAAUUGAGUGGUGUCAAGAGUAUAGCAGAUGCUACUGAACAACUUACCAAAACACUUUCACUACAACCCCUCGAUGGUACUGAUGUACCAAUCAACACAACUACUCACACACUCAAAUUAUUUGGUAAAACAGUUACCGGAGGAAGAGUUGUGGCUAAUAUCCGGAUGGCUUAUUCUAGUAAGUCGGGGGUCACAAGCAAAAUUGUGGUUCGUGGUGAGGAAGAAGGGAUUGCAGCUUUGGUUAUUGGGUCUGUUGCUUAGGGGUUAGCGAUUUCAUGGAGUUGAAAGUUGGGUGCAUUUGAUGAUUGUUGUUUAGAUAAUGGGUAUAAGACGCUGUGGAAAAAUGGAUUGGCUUCAUCUCAUGGAAGAUGGAGGAUACAGCAUGAAUCAUCGAGUCAAAAAUAUGAAAUGUGUCACAAUUAAUAAGAUUUGGCAUGUUCGCUUUUUCGUAGUACCCAUAGUUCCUUUGGUUUUCCAGAUCCAGAUGAACAGGUGGAGAAGUACCUAGUCUAAUGUUCAAUAGUGCGGUAUUGAUCUCAUCUGAGUUGAUAUACAAACAAAUUUGCAACUUGAAUUGAUACGAUUCACUUAAUACUAUUCA